GACGCAGUGAGCAGCGCUGUGCAGCAGAGUGAACCCAGCCUCUCCGCACUUCACUCAGGGGUCUCAGAAAGGUGUGGACGAUUCUGACAGAGAGACUAGCAGCAUGCCCUGCACCAGGAGCCUGUCACAGGCACACAGACAUCGCCUGACUCCAGCUCCCCUCUGUGGGAUCCUACUAUUCAUCGGAUGGGGAAUGGCAGCUCUCUCGAACGCUUUGAGAAUCACAUCAGCAGGUCCACAAACUGUCCAUGUUGCUGAGAAUGAUGAGGUACAGAUUGGCUGCAUAUACAGGCUGGAUUCCACUGACACGGGCUCUCUGGACAUUGAAUGGAGCAUUGUCAGCCCUGAUACCACGAAACAGGACAGAAUGAUCCUGACCUACGUCCAUGAGCAGGUGUUUGAUUAUCCAAACCCCCUGUUGGGGAGGUUUGAAUUCAGCGAGUCAGAUCCCAGCGCCGGGAAUGCCUCCGUGAGAAUUAGAGCUUUGCAGACCAGUGACACCAACACUUUCCAAUGUAAAGUGAAGAAGGCUCCAGGCAUCGAUACCAGGAAAGUCACUGUGAGAGUUCACGGACGGCCUCAGGAUCCUGAGUGCUGGAUGGAUCGUUCCGGAGACCGGGGUCAGGAUGUUAGACUUCACUGUGUCAGUCACUCUGGAUCCCCACCUCUCACCUACUCCUGGGAUAGAAUCAGCAGCAACUCUCAGGAGCUGCCAGCACAUUCGAUAGCAGACAGGGUUUCGGGGACACUGGUGAUCAGGAACUGCUCAGCUCAAUGGGACGGGACUUAUCGGUGCUCAGUGAGGAACCUGGUGGGACAGGCCGAGUGCCAACUCCUCAUCUCCGCAGCACCCGCAGCAGGUUAG